UUGAACUGGUCUCCCGAAGCGCCCCUCAUCCUGAAGUCACCUUCCAACCCACGUCCCUACUAACCAACACAGCAUACCAGCAACCGGGCCAUCCACGCCGUCAAUUCAGUCAAGAUGGUCAACCUCCGCACUCAGAAGCGCCUGGCGGCGUCCGUCAUCGGAUGCGGUGAGCGCAAGAUCUGGCUCGACCCCAACGAGAUCACCGAGAUCUCCAACGCCAACUCGCGUCAGACCAUCCGCAAGCUCGUCAGCGAUGGCCUCAUCAUCCGCAAGCCCGUCACCAUGCACUCUCGGUCUCGUGCCCGUGAGCUGAACCUGUCCCGCCGUGACGGCAGACACCGUGGCUUCGGUAAGAGAAAGGGUACCGCCGAUGCCCGUAUGCCUGAGCAAGUUCUGUGGAUGCGCCGCCUCCGUGUCCUUCGCCGCCUGCUCGUCAAGUACCGUGCCUCUGGCAAGAUUGACAAGCACCUCUACCACGAGCUCUACCACUCCAGCAAGGGUAACGCCUUCAAGCACAAGAGAGCGCUCGUUGAGCACAUCCACCGUGCCAAGGCUGAGAAGGCCCGCGAGCGGGCUCUCGAGGAGGAGAUGGACGCCAAGAGACAGAAGAACAAGGCCGCUCGCCUGCGCAAGGCCGAGAGACAGGCUGCCAAGCGGAGCGCGCUUACCGGCGAGGAGGAGACCGCAUAA